CUCCUUCUCCAAGGCGAUCAAUCGGAUCUCAGGCGGACUACAAGCAAUCUCUUACGUAGACAUUCACAAGGAGAGAGCUAACACAACAACACGGCUGAUCCCGCUCAACAAAUUUACCUGGUUGCUGAACCAUGUCGUUGAGCCCAAAGCACACAACGCCUUUUUCAGUGACAGAUAUUUUGAGUCCUAUCGAGGAGACCUACAAGAAGUUUAGUGGCAUGGAUAGCACAGGAAACCUCACUUCUCCUUUGGGAACUUACCGCCAGCCUCAGGUUUCCCAGCCUGGCAUGCAGCAGCACUCCAUGGGCCACAACGCCACUGUCGCGACAACCUACCACAUGCCCCACAGUGUGUCCCAGUUCUCUCACGGUGCCAUGGGAGGCUACUGCAAUGGGGGCAUUGGCAACAUGGGGGACCUCCCUUCGUACCAAGAGACCAUGAGAAAUAGCGCAGCGGCAACUGGAUGGUACGGAGCAAACCCCGACCCCAGAUACUCAACAAUUUCUAGAUUCAUGGGACCUUCCACAGGCAUGAAUAUGACCGGAAUGGGGACCUUAACUGGCAUGGCGGACGCCGCCAAAUCGAUGGCACCUUUACACGCGGCUCCUAGGAGAAAGAGACGGGUUCUUUUCUCACAGGCUCAGGUCUACGAGCUUGAAAGACGAUUCAAGCAACAGAAAUACCUCUCGGCGCCCGAAAGGGAGCACCUGGCGAGCAUGAUUCACCUCACCCCGACCCAGGUCAAAAUCUGGUUUCAGAACCACCGCUACAAGAUGAAGAGGCAGGCCAAGGACAAAGCGUCGCAGCAGCUGCAGCAGGAGGGUAACUUGUGCCAGCAGCAGCAGCAGUCGCCGCGGCGGGUGGCGGUGCCGGUGCUGGUGAAGGACGGCAAACCUUGUCAGAAUGGGUCCAACACGCCGACACCAAGCCAGCAGCAGGUCCAGCAGCAGCAGAACGGCUCCGGGGGUGUCCUCCCAGUUUCCAGCAACUCACUCAGUCAACACCAGAGCCAACAGGUGAACCCCUUAGCCCAGGCCCAAGACCUAGAGGAAAUGUCACCAAGCCCUCCAUCUCUACACAGCCAAAUCAGUAACAUGGCUCAGAUAGACACGUCUACUGUAGAUUACACCAGUAACAUGGUCAGCUCAAACCUGCUUUAUGGCAGAACAUGGUAGGACAGACCCUUGUUCGAUGUGAUUUGAUUUUUAUUUUUUACGCUGGAGAUGCACACGAGGCCAAGAGCAAAAAUAAAACAUGUAUCAUGUUUGUAUUUCCUGCUGUGAAGACCAUAGCCUUCCAACGACGAGAAGGACUAUAUAUAUUUAAGAAGACCGCCUAUUUGGGGGUCAUCAUUUCCUGACUUUUACUGCGCGACACUUUUUGAACACUAACGAAAGGGUUGCCGGUGAAACUAUGUGUGUUGUUGAUUUUUAUUUUGGGAGGGGGCGGGGGGGGGCGACUUCCUAAUGAUGUUAAUGUAGUAAACGCUGUUAACAGGAAUGUGAAUGCUGCUCUACAUUUGGUGCCCAAACGACGUGGGGAAUGGUACGAGCAAAAGAGAAACGGGAGGCGGGGGUAAACAGUUCAGGUAUUAACCUUUCUAAAGGUUACUGUAAAACCACAAUACUUACAGUAUUCUACCCGAUAUUUUAUGACAUAAAAAUAUUGUAAAAAAUUAGAACUUUAGAAUUAACAGAAGUAGAAACUGUAUAUUUGGCUAACACCGAAGAAUGAGAUUACUGUAUUAUACUGUUUUAAAGGAAAAAAUACUUUUUUUUUUCCUUUUUGUAAUUUAAAAAAAAAACGAAGACUCGCGAUGGCUGCUGUAUAUAUGUUUCAAACCCAUUGAACGUUAACAAUAAAUCACUUGAAGUGCAA